GGACGGGGGGCGCGUGGGGCUGGCAGCGAGGCCGUCCUGGGCACACGGAGACCGGGGAAGAGUCCGGGAGCUGCCUCGCCCCUGGGAAUCACCGCCUGAAAGCAGCGAUCCCGAGUGCCGUCUGCAUCGCCAGGCAGUUUGGAAAAGCUCCUUUUUUAUUAUUUUUUAAAAAAGCAGCCGAGUCGCACCUCCUCCUCCUCGCACGUCCUCCUGCUGCUGCCACCGAAAAUAAACGUGGGGGACGGAGCGGUGACAAAACCCGCGGGGGAAAUCCUGCUGGCCUGGGCCGACCCCUCCGCCUCGAAGUCUGGGGGCACCCAAACUUGGUGGCCGGGGCAUGUGGCAGCCAACGAAGGCUUUUAUGCUCCUUGCUGCCUUCUCCUCCUCCGUGUUUGUCUUUACCGAUGCAGACUGAAGCUCCAUGCACCUCCCUGCCAAGCUGGUCGUGGUUUUCAUGAAGAUUUUCCCGUGGAAGCCCUGGCAAUGGGGCAAUGGGAACCUGCAGGAGCUGCGUGCCUCUGGGAAAGGGGGACAGAAAAGGUUUCGGUGGUCAUCACGGUGAAGGAGACGCAGCCUGUGGUCGGCUCAUGGUGAUGUUGCUGCUGCUUUGUGCCCGUUGUGGCCUUUUCUGCCGCGAUGUCCUGCCACAGCAAGGAUGUGCCUGGUGCUGGCGGAGCCUCACAUGCCAUCCCCUGGGCCCAGCACCUCCGACUGCAAAAACCAUUUGCUCCAGAGACAGGUGGAAGGCGUCCACCUCUUUUCCCAGCAGAUAGCUUCCCAGAAGAGCUUCGUUGUUUUUUUUUCUCAGCAUUUCGUUAGCAAAGAGCUUCCAAAUUCGAAACAGAAACCCACAGAACAGCACCUAACCCAGGCACCAACACCCGGCUUUUCCCCCAGCUGGAUCUGCGGCACCGCUGGGCAGGAUUUCCCUUCGCGGUGGCUGAAGGAGCUGCACACAUGGGUGCUGUGUACGUGGGUGCCACGGGCUGCAGCCGCCGUGGGGCUGGCAGGAGCGUGCGGGGAGCUUGUGGCAUUUCCCAGCACGAUAGCGAGUCCUCGGAGCUUAUCUGCCUGCACAGACGUGCGCUGUGGGGGCAAAGAUAGCGGGGUGCUGCGUGCUCCAGGCAGUCACAUUCGGACGGGAAAGGUCAGGAGCAGAGCUGAGAGGCAGCCGUGGAGCACUGGCACGAGGGCAGCCUUUGGAGACUGGGAGACCGGCGGGAGCGCUGCGAGGUGGGAGGAUGCUGCAGUGCGCCGGGGGCUGACACACGGUGCUGCGGCCGCAGGGAGCGGUGCCCCCGCCGCCCACCCAUGCUCCCCGCCGGCAGCCGGGGCAGCGCCCCGUGACGAGGGGCACCAGGCACUCGCCUUACCGGGACUGGGAUCGGGACUGGGACCAGGACCGGGACUGGGACUGGGUCCAUUUUCCCCACGCCAUGACGAGCCUCUUCCGACGCAGCAGCAGCAACGGCGGGUCGCGCGGCGGCUCCUCGGCGCAGGAGCUCAACAACAGCCGCCCCGCCAGGCAGGUCCGCCGGCUGGAGUUCAACCAGGCCAUGGAGGACUUCAAGACCAUGUUCCCCAACAUGGACUACGACAUUAUCGAGUGCGUUCUGAGGGCCAACAACGGCGCUGUGGACGCCACCAUCGACCAGCUCCUGCAGAUGAACUUGGACGGCAGCGGCUGCGACGACAGCUCGGACUCGGAGGACAGCAUCCCCCCCGAGAUCCUGGAGCGGACCCUGGAGCCGGACAGCUCGGACGAGGAGCCCCCCCCCGUGUACUCUCCCCCUGCCUACGAGAGCCAGGCGCUGGGCACCCACUGCCCCCGCGCACCCCCCACGCCGCCACCCAGGACGGACGUGCCGGGACCCGGCCGCUACAGGAACUGGAACCCACCGCUCCUGGGCAACCUCCCCGAGGAUUUCCUGCGCAUCCUGCCCCAGCAGGCUCCCCGCACCCAGGGCUCUCCAGGCUGCCGGCAGCCCGUGCCGAGGGGGCUCGUCCCGCGGGGCCAGGGCUCGCUGGAGCAGGAGAGGAGGUGGAAGCAGUACCUGGAGGACGAGCGGAUCGCGCUCUUCCUGCAGAACGAGGAGUUCAUGAAGGAGCUGCAGAGGAACCGGGAUUUCCUGCUGGCCCUGGAGAGAGACCGAUUGAAAUACGAGUCAAAAAAGUCCAAGUCGAGCAGUGUUGCUGGCAGCAACGAUUUUGGUUUCUCCUCCAUACUAUCAGGUGACGCAGCCCCCCCCGGAACCAGCGAGGCCGGCAGUGCCGUGUCCGACGAUGCCUUAUUCAGAGACAAAUUGAAACACAUGGGAAAGUCAACGCGCAAGAAGCUGUUUGAACUUGCCAGAGCCUUCUCCGAGAAGACGAAGAUGAGGAAGUCAAAAAGAAAACACUUGUUGAAGCACCAGGUGUUGGGGACGGCAGCUUCCACGGCAAAUCUUCUCGACGAUGUGGAAGGACACUCGUGCGAUGAAGACUUCCAAGCACGGAGGCAACAGCUCCAGGAGGAGGAGGAGACGCCAAAGGAAGGGCAGUAAAUGGUCCCAGCACUGGGCUUUAUUGCUGGCACAGAACAUGCAAAAGGCUUAAGAAGAAGAUGGCUGAAAAGGAAAGAAAAAAAAAAAAACAAACGCCCAACACCAAACAACCCAGUUUUUUGGCUGUUCCCCCUCUGCUUUUGUACUCCUCUGAAGUACAAGUAUUGAAGUGAGGCACAAAGUUUUCUUACCAGGGGUUUGAAAACAACUUCUCCUAUCUAGCAAAUCAGCCAAAAAAAAAAGAAAAAAAGGAAAAAAAAAAAGGAAAAAAAAGUCGGCAGCUGACCUGAGCUGCAGUGGAGCUGGUGGAUCUGAGAGCCGAGGAGCAGCCGCCUGCCCUGCUCCAUCCAAGCGGCGUCGCGAGAAGAGCGAAAAUCAGCUGUGCUACUGAGGAUGCGUCCAAACGUGGGGAUCUGCGGGGCUGCAGUGUCCUGAACAUAGCUCUGCAGCGAGCGGAUGCAACUUUGCUCUGCACACGCAGGAAAAGAAAACACACGAGGGAGAGAGAGAACCUAAAAAUCGUUGCCUACUAUUGCUAGGAGUAAUGAGCAGAGAUUCAGAUCAGGUAAUAGUCGAAUCAUAUAAAUUGUUUAUAAAAGGAAGGGCCUUCUUUUCCAAGGCGUUUCGCUUUGAAUUAAACCUUUGCCUUUGGCAUUGCUCAAACUGCCUUGAAGCCCGGACCCGAAGUGGCCGCAGCGAGGCCGGCUCGCUCCAGCUGCGCUCCCUGUGCCGGCACGGCACCAGCGGCUGGGUUCCUCCUUGAUUUAACCCUCAUGGCCGAGCCAGGCCACGUCCAUCAGGGGUGGCGUGCUGGUGGUGCUCCCCGGGUGCCAGGCAGGGCCCUCGGCGGGCCUGGGGACGCCCCUGCUGUAGGUAAGAUGCAGAUUUGGGCAUUUGCAGCUGGGGCUGGCGGAGACGUUUUCGGCACAGAGCGUUUGCAGGAGCUGCUGUGGGGCUGGGGCUCGGGGUGGCAGCAGGAGAGCUCCUUUCCCUGGGGGCUCGUUUUACCAGGGGAGGGCAGGGGUGGCCAGGAGGCAGCGCUCGAAUCGUUGCAGCAUUCAGAGAUGCUGUCAGGCUAAAAAUAAUUACGUAAACAAAUUCCUUCCCUGUGUAAGUAAUGAGUGACGAGCAUUAAGUCAGAAAUUGCUCCCGCCAGCACAUUUUCUUCUCCUUUAUCGGCAUAAUCUGUUUACUGCUCAAUUCAGGAGGUGGCUGUAGACGUGCCUGUUUCACUUUCUGGCUCCUGUGAACCAGCACAAAUGUUGCAAGAUUUGAGCUGUGAAGGCGGCAGACGCGGCAGCCCCAGCCAUCAGACACACACGCAACUGUUGUCCCUGCCUCUCCGCGGGGUUUGGUAACAAAAGCCCACAUUGCAGGCUCUGGCUCCCGACAGGCUCCUUUUCAAAUCCUCCCCGGAGCCCGCAUGCCUUUGAAGCGGACGCCAAGAGGUUUUUUUUUUUCCCCCUGCAAGCAGCGCAGCCGCUGCACCUGCUGAGCGCCACCGCGCCUCGCUGCCCCGAGGCCGUCCUCGCCGGGGGACAUGGCAUGGGGGGCACGGUGCUGGGGACACGGUGCUGGGGGACACGGCGUGCCAUGGGCACAGCCUGCGUGCUCCCGGCCGCACCAGGGCCCUGCACAGCCUGGGUGCUGUGGUCGCAGGCUGGCUGCUUGCAGCAGGAGCCCGGCGAGGUCUCGGCUCGGAGCAGCAGGAGAUGCACCCCCAGGACCCAUCCUGGCUUUGGUGGCGGCUCCUUUUCUGUGGGAGGAAGGGGAGAGGAGCGUCCCUCGAGUCUUGGUGCUGGCUGUAGGAGCCGGGGGCCGCAGCAGUCCCGAGCUUGCCUCGAAGGUGACGUUGUGGCAGCAGCAAUGGGACGCGGGGAGGUGCUGGAGAGGCACGGUGCUGCCCUGUGCCGUGCAGGGUAGGACCGGUGUCUGGCAGGGUGUGUGUGUCCCUGUGUGCAGGGGCACAGUGUGGAGCUGGGGCUUCUUGCUGGGAACAGGAGGCCCUUCAGGAGCGGAGUGGGGCUUUUAUCCCUAGCCUGGGACUGGCAGAAAGCAAGGAGGGGCGACUUCCCCGUCGCCUGCUGGCUCUGAGGUUAGCAGGAGGCUGCUGCCGCUCCCUCCCAGCCCAAAGCAGCUCUGCAUAUUUGGAAGAAAACCAAGCUUGGAAUUGGAUCAGCUUGUAAAUGUUCCAGCGCCUCUGAGCUACCGAGUGCUUAACUUUCAGCUAAGUCUCCGUGAGUGCAGGACGCACCGACAGGCGGUGGAGCAGAAGCUCGGGUAGGAAGCUGCUUGUCCCCAUGGUGCCAUCACCCCACGGCUGCUCUGGUGGCAGUGAGAGGGUCGGGGGCGAACAGCAGCGAGGUGCUCGUGGCCAGGUGGGUGCUUACAGCCCAUGGCCGAGCGCUGGUGGGGCCCUAGGAGGGUUUGUUGUGCCCCUUGUCCUUUUACGAGAGCCACGUAAGGCUUUGGUGCCCUGGGCGAGCCACUUCCAGGCCAUGUCUCAGGCCAGGCCUGCUGGAAAUGUGGGGAGAGGUGGGGCACAGGGGCACUGCGCAGCCUCCGUCCGCUGCACGCGGUGGGUUUUGAGCCCAGCGCUUCACAGGGGCUUGGGGCUGUGUUCGUUAACACGGUCUAACAACUUGCCCUUAAAUAUCCUAGUCUAGGCAAAGCCUCGCUGAAUGAUGUCACUCUGCAGCCAUUUCAAAAUAUCUUGGAGGCACAAAGCAUCAUUUCAAAGGAGGAUGGAGAGUGAUUAUUUUUAUCUCCUUUAAAAAAAAAAAAAAGUCAGGUCUAAUGAGUAGGAAGGCCACUAAAACCGGCUUGGAAGCCAAAAUGCAUUUCUUACAUAAAACCGUACAACUCUCAGUGACGUUUGUAUCACUUCUCUACAAAAUGUUUUAAAAGGAACAAACCAACAAAACCAAUCUGUGGUGUGUGCGUGUUGCUAUUUUAGACUUUAUUUCCAUAAGUGAUUUUUUUCUUAAAGAUGUUUAAUAGUAAUUCAUAUAAUAAAGUCCUGUUGUACUCUUAA